AUGGCAGACAUAGAUUCGAAAUCAUCAUCUUCCCAUGUAGAGAACCCUACUAAACCAAUAAGCCCCGAAGCCAUCCAGUUCGAGGGACUCUCGGACGAGGAAGCUUUGAAAUUGGAAAGACAAUUGGUGCGCAAGAUCGACUUUCACUUAAUACCGGCUUUGUUCUUGCUGUUUAUCUUUAACAUUCUCGACCGAUCGAACAUCGCGAAUGCCCGCUUGGGAGGGCUACAGGAGGAUUUGGGCCUUUCUGACACCCAGUACCAGACAGCUGUGGCUAUAAUGUUUGUUGGAUAUCUUCUCGGUCAAGUUCCUAGCAAUAUUAUCCUCACCCGUGUGAGCCGUCGCGCUAUAUCCCAGCCGCCAUUUUCGUGUGGGGCGGAAUCUCCAUCUGCUUGGCUGCAACGAAGAACUAUGCUGGAAUUCUAUGCGUUGUUAAUGAGUUCAUGGUACAAGGCCUCUGAGCUGGCAGUGCGUGUUGCUAUUGUAUACUGUGGAAAUACCGUCGCAAAUGGAUUUGGAGGCAUGCUGGCUGCAGGUAUACUGAGUGGACUAGACGGCAAAGGUGGGCUUGCAGGGUGGAGAUGGCUAUUCAUUAUUGAGGGCGCUGGCACCAUGGUGGCUGGAUUGCUGGCGGUAGUUUUACUCCCCGACUUUCCUCGGUCUGGCCAGCGAAAGUGGUUAACGCAGCAGGAGCAGCGCUUUGCUGAGUGGCGCCUAGCCGUCGCCACAAAUAAUGAGGUCGACGAAAACGGCUCCAUCAGGCAAGGCUUGAAGGAUGCGGUGACUGAUCCGAAAGUGUGGGCAUUGGUUUUGAUACAGAUCUGCCAGCUGACGUCCCAAACCUGGACAUAUUUCUUCCCAAGCAUCGUGGAAACCCUCGGCUUCGGAAAGAUCGUUACCCUGCUUAUCACGGCACCCGUGUAUGUCUUUGGCUUCCUCGGUGCCCUGGGAAACUCGCUUAUUGCGAACCGGACGAACUAUCGAGCCGUUCUCAUAGUAUGGCCGCUCUGCAUUGACAUCGUGGGAAAUGUGAUGGUCAUCAGCUCCCACGCCACGGCUGUCCGUUAUGUUGGCAUGUUCCUUAUGUGCAUGGGGUCCUACAGCGCGUUCAACGUCGUGCAAGCCUGGAUUGCCAGUACUAUCCCACGUACACGAACGAAGAGAGCCAUUGUUUACGCCAUGGUCAAUUUCUUCGGCAACUCGUCCAACAUCUAUGGCUCGUAUUUCUUCCCCACCAAGGACUCUCCGCAGUACCGGCCAGGGGGCAUCAUUCUGUCCAGCUUUGCUGCAGGCGGUGUUUGUUUUUCGAUUUUGUUGGCUGUUUACCUCUAUUGGCUCAACACCAAGGCGCGAAAGGCUGAGGACGAGGAUGGCCAAAUACGCUACAAAUAUAUCUUCUAG